UCUCUCUUUUCUCUUAUUCUUAUUCUUAUUCUUCUCUUUCUCUUUUUUGAUAUUUUUCUGUAAUCUAUUAACUAACCAUGUUCAUUUAGUGUAUUUAGUACAAUAUAAAUUAAUUGUUGAGCUACCAUGAGAGUUAAUCAUCUAAUCAUAUGAACAGUAUCGGCCUCCAUCAACAUUAUCUUUGUUUUCCCUCUAUUUUACUGUUCUACCUAGAUUAAUACUCAUCCUCAUUUCUAACUGUGUUUUCUGAUUGUUUACGCUUCUCUUUUUCUCGUUCCCUAUCUCUCUCCCUACCCUCUUCAUCUGUCUCUCUCUGUGUAUUCCAAUCAUCUUUCGUUUUCCUCUUACUUUCACCCUGUCUGUUUCUCUGGAUAAGCUUGAAUUAUAAUUCUCCAUUCCGUCUUUUUUUCUCUCUCUCUCUCUCUCUUUCUCCCUUUCUCUCCCAUUUUGAUCAUUCGUGUUAACCUCCUAGUUAAAUCAUUUGUUAUUAGUGCAAUACAGUUAACCUUGUACCUUGAUCACCUCAGUCCCUUUUUGCAUAUUUUGUCAAUAAUAUCUUUUUGUAUACAUUUCUCUUGUUGAGCAUUAAAAAUUCUGGUCAAUUGUUCUUAUCCACUUGCCGUUGCCUUUCUGGUUUACUGCAACUCCUUUACUCUCCUGGUUUCUCUCUCUCCUUCUCUUCGUCAAACUCUACCUCUUUAUUUCUUGUUUCAUAUAAAUUCUUGAUUUAAGUGAAUCAAUUUUAUACACUUAUAUACAUAUAAAUAUAUAUAUAUAUAAAUCAAAAAUAUAUAUUGUGCUGUUAUACCUUCUGUUAUAUUGAAUGCUACAUUUAACCAAAGUAAAGGAGAUACCAACAUUUAUCCAAUAUUAAUCCAAUAUUUGGACCUACCAUUUCUGGUUUCACAUCACUAUUGAAUGGGAGACAACGAUCUUUCCGAUAAAAUGAGGGACAUUAAUUUAACGGGAUGCGAAACAGUUACACCAGUGAAAUGUGGUUACUACGAUGUUGUACAGACUAUUGGAAAGGGUAAUUUUGCUGUUGUUAAAUUGGCAAAACACAGUGUCACCAAUAACAGGGUUGCUAUCAAAAUAAUUGAUAAAACAUGCCUUGAUGCAUCCAAUUUAAAGAAAAUUUGGAGAGAAAUUGAAAUAAUGAAACGAAUUGGUAAACAUGAUAACAUCUUACGUUUAUACCAAGUUAUGCAAACCGAUAAAUACCUAAUGCUGGUCACUGAAUGGUGUCCUGGUGGAGAAAUAUUUGACCAUCUAGUAGCCAAUGGAAGGAUGUCUGAACCUCAAGCUCGUGGAUAUUUCCUUCAAAUCAUUGGAGCAAUUGAAUAUUUGCAUAAUAAUGGGGUUGUUCAUAGAGACUUAAAAGCUGAAAAUUUAUUGUUAACACAUGAUUUAAAGACAGUUAAAAUAGCAGAUUUUGGUUUCAGCAACUAUUUCAAACCAGAAAGUCUUCUAACAACAUGGUGUGGUUCACCUCCUUAUGCUGCGCCUGAACUGUUUGAAGGUCGUUUUUAUAAUGGUCCUAAAGCCGAUAUCUGGUCACUUGGUGUAGUCCUUUAUGUUCUAGUCUGUGGUGCACUUCCCUUUGAUGGACAUACCUUACAAAGCUUAAGGUCUCGAGUUUUAGUGGGUAAAUUUCGCAUACCUUAUUUCAUGUCCAGAGAAUGUGAAAAUUUGAUUCGUCACAUGUUGAUAGUUGAACCUGAGAAGCGAUAUUCAAUGCAACAAAUUAAAAACCAUAAAUGGAUUAAACCUCAUCUGCCACAACCACAACCACAACAACAACUAGCACCGUUUAACCACCGGUUAGAUGCAGCAGCCAAUUUAGGAGCAACUGAUAGGGAAACGGUUCCACCAACCGAGUCAAAUAGUCGUUCAACCAAUAUGAAUAAUAGAAUGACCAACAGUCAAAGUUCACCCAAUAUAAGUCAAUAUGGGUUUUCAUCGGGAGGUGCAAGCAUAUCUGGCCUUGCUAGUAAUGGUUCUGGUGGGGGAUCCAGCAGUAGUGGUGGCUUUUUUGGUGAUGAUGGUGAUAAUAGUCCAGAUGAUCUUGAUUACAAAGUCGUUGAAUGGAUUGCCAAUGAGUUGGGAAUUGAUAAUCAAGAAAUCAUUAAUUCUGUGCGUAAUUGUACGUAUGACAAUUAUUAUGCCAUGUAUCACAUUUUAAGGGAUCAUUAUGUUAUGCAUGGUUACACUUCACCAUGCACUAGUGCACCACCGUCACCACCUUUACUUCCCAUUGUGGCUGCUGGUCAACAAAGAAAAUCAUCAAUCACUACUGGAAUUGUUGAAAGGGAUUCAACGCCAACCUCAACUCCUGUAACAUCACCUAAAAACACUUAUUUAUCUGCCAAUACCAAUUCAGCUGCGAAUACUCAACGACGACACACUUUUGGGCCUGAUGGAACAGCUUCCUCAAGCAAUACUUCACAAACCAUGUUGACCCCUCCGUUACUCUUUUUAACACCACCAACAACCAACACUGGAACCGGUGCUUUCCCAACACACAAUUUAACCAUGGCACCUCCAAAUUAUCCUCUCAACAAUAUGGACCUACUUAAACCACCUCCAGUCCUAUUGAUGGUAUCAAAUAAUAUGGGUCGACGAGCCUCAGAUGGUCAAGCUAAUUACUCCAAUAUCAGUAAUCAGCCUGGAAGCCUGCCACCUCCAUCUGAUAGUCCAGUUGAUACAAAUCAACAGCCAACUUCAUGUGCCUCUACUAACAGGAUAAGCCUGCAACAACACCAACAAGCAACAACCUUUUUCCCACCGAGUAUGAUAUUUACCUCUCCAAUGCAACUACAACCACAACAGCAGCAGCAACAACAACAACAAUAUUUAUCAGGAGAUCAAGGAGUUUGCAGUGCAAACUCAACUCCAAGCCCACCAACAGGAUUUGGUAAUACACCGCCGCUCAUUUAUGGCGAUGCUCCAGCUUCCAUUUCACCACCUUAUUCGUUUUCACCCUCUCCGGUUCCUAUGAAUACUGGAGGCUAUUCAGGUGGAUUCAUGUCUCCAUCAUCCAACUGUGAAACUCGUAAUGAUAAAAAUCGCUCUUACCCUUUCUCAAGGCGUAAACGUCAUUCCUUAACCGAUAAUCUUGACCUGGUUGUGCGCCAAAGACGAUCCGGCAUCUUAGCCAUAUCUAUAUCGACCUCUGAAAGAUCUGGUCGACGUCGAGCCUCAGAUGGAAGUGGGAUUUCAAAUCAACCCUCAUCUUCACCACCAUUAAUUAGUAGCUCGUCAAACAACGGAUCAACUUCAUCUCACCCAAUAUCAAUCCAAUGCCUACAAUCCGAGUUACGAUCUUUAUGCGUUUCAUCACCACCUUCCCUGCAAACCUCACCAAUCCACCAACCAAGCACAUCACCGUCACCCAGUUUAACCGCUUCACCACCACCAAUUGGUUUACAACAAAACAUGUUGCACAUGAUUAGCGAGGAAAACAUUAAUUGUAGCUCUGGACAAUUGAGAAACAACAAUAUCAAUCUGAAUAUGGUUAACAACAGCAAUUAUAACUGCACCACCACCAACAAUAAUAAUAACAUGAAUAACAAUAAUAACCUGAUCAAUACUAGCUAUGGUAACAAUAACAAUUUCAAUAAUAACAACAUUGAUUACAAUAGUGAAAUCAGCAAUAACAACAACAAUAAUGUUAAUAACUCUGUUUGUAAUAGCAAUGUCAGUUCAACUGGUUAUAGUUCAUUUAUAAAUGAUCAUUCAGAUUAUCCGACUUCUUUGCCCGCUUCACCUUUACCUUUUCUUGGUUUAACCUUUACACCACCCCAGUCAUUCCGUUGUUCACCGGUUAGCUCAGACAAGGAGCCCAAUUCAGCGGCAAGCGUUGCUGCCGCGGCCGCUGCUGCUGCAGCUGCAGCUCUUAAAUUUAAUUUAAACAAUAUUAAUGCGCCCAGUAUCUCGGUUACCGAUGAACUUGGCUUUUCUGCUCAUUUUCCCAUCAUUCCACCUCCACAAGGAUUUGCUCAUCCAGGAUCUUGUCCAAUGGAACCCGAGAUAUGCCAUUUAUCACAGCCCAAUCUUGACCAAUCGCCUGAUGAUCCGGACUCUCAUCAUCAUCCUCAUCAUCAUCAUUCCUCAUCUGGAUCAGCUUUCAAUACAAAGAUACAAUCAACUCUUCCCAAGCUUCACAGAUGGAAAGAGGAUCCAGAUAAACACUCAAAACACUGUUCAUAUGUUCAAUCGUCCCUCCUAAGGCAAACAUAUCCACCAACAAUAAUCCCAUCUCCAACAUAUUUUACACAAAACCAGCAAUACACUUCUUUACAAAAUUUUAACCUCCAACAAGCCCAAGAUGUUGAUCAAGAUAUUUCAAUUGACGAUUUAUUUGUAAACGUUUUUCAUACCAAAGGGACAGAAGGGCUUCAAGCUUCAGAAAAUAGUUAAAAUUUUCAUUAAUCACUGUACAAAAGUUCCGUUUUACAAUUUGGUGAUACUUUAAAUAUGUUUUUGGAUUUUUUAAACUCGCUGUUAUUUCAUCAACAAACCAUCUCCAUUACAGAGCAUCAAUUAAACAAUCAACAAGCUACAAUAAGGAUAAAUACUAGAUUAAAGACUGGCUUCACCGUUAAAUGUUUAAAUUCAAUUUAAGGAAUCGUUAAAUAUCAGCUUCAACAUACUCACCUAAACUUUUCUAUUGCAAUGUAAUGAACCUGACAAUAUUAGACAUUAGUUGAUUGGAAACUUGGAAACAAUUAAAGCAAAUAAUCAACCAGCUAAAGAAAGGAAAAUUACAGAAGACAAAACCAUUUAAAACUUGAAACUUGCUGUCAUCAAGAAAUUUUUAUCACAAUUGAAUUGAGAAACAAAAAGAGACACAAUCAUCAGCAUUACAUUAUUCAUCUUGGAUUUUCAAUUAUUAGUUUUUAAUGUAAACACAGCCGCAAUUAAACCAAAAAAAUCAACUCAA